AUUUUAUACAUGGCCUGCUUGAUGUUGAACCAUGCCACUGCGCGUCCGACAAUCGGAUCUUUGCCCGUGCUCUUCUUGUGGCACGACACAUGGUAGCAUGGGACGACCGCAGCAAGCCUACCGUUAACUACGGGUUUUUGGCUUCAGGUCGUGGCGCCGGCUGGCCCGAAAAGAAAACACCACAACAUAUUCAUAGAUACACAGCACGCCCCUCCCUAUUCCUGUUGAGGGUUUCUUGCCCUGACCUGGUACUGUCCUGUAUGCGGCGUUGGAGCAAUUGUGAUUGCCGUGGACCUAGGGGCUUAGGCGUGGACCAUAGACGGGGGGAAAUCAUCAUGCAUCGUCUCAAGUAAGGUCAACUCCGAGGGGGAUGCGCAAAAGCUCGGUAUCAUUGGAUAUGACCAUGGCGGACAGUACGUCCUUUCCCCAGACCAGUAGACACGCCCUUGUCGGGUCUAACCUCACGCCAUUCCGCCGGACGCUACACCCUUUAUAGCUCUCGUCCCAUGGCCCCACGUCUCGACGAACCACAAACCGUUUAAGUUGUCGACAUGGCUUCUGCGAUGACCCAUCCUAUCACUUCGCUUUUCAGUAUGGACGCAUACUGUACUGGAGCAGCAGAUUGAGGCGGGAACCGCAACACAUGAAUGCCACUAAUGCUGAUUAACAUUUGUCUAGUCGUGCUCUGGAAGCGCUUGAAUGUCCUCCCCGGCUGUAUGAGCGCAUAGUAACGAAAUAUGUUGAUAGUGUCGAUUUCUCCUUGAGACCGGCCUUUCAAGAACAAGUCAUCUCUGGCUGGUUCCCGUAUUCCAUCGUCGGUUUAGAAUCAUGUACGUUGUUUUGCCUGCCCGUACCCAAGUCAUGUCUCCUUGUCGCUUGUAAAAGGUGUCUGCAGUCGUCCUGCAGAGCUCACAGGGGCUCCCUGUCUGUCAUCACUACGGGUGUGGUCCCCACCACAUCGCAUCGUUUUGUUCGGCGGGGGCAUCAGUCAAUGCCAUGCAAAAUGGCAUUGCGACGCCAACGGCCAUUCCCAUCGAGUUUAGUUGUCCCUAAGACGUCAGCGCCCGAGUCUCUAAGUCGUACUCCGUCGAGCAAACACUACGCGCCUUUGAUCAUGCCAGCUCAUUCCCACUUAGAGCUCCGCUCUGCCCUGGGUAUCCUUGACAUGUUGGCCAUCCGCACUUCAGCGGUAGUACAAGCAAAUCGUUCGACCCUUUCCCCAGCCUAGUCCACUCCCCGUGCUAAUAAUCGCAUUCACGUCACUUCCUCUCAUUGCCUGGCAGCUCAUAUAAGAGUCUAUGCCUCUUCCUCGCAUUUCAUUCUCCGUCUGCCCAUUGAUUCAUAUCUCACCUUGUCCAAUCCGUUCCUCACUACGCCAUACAACUCUCUUCUAUCUUGGACAUCAACAGCACAAUGAGUGGAGCUGGUGGUUUUUAUAAGUACAGAUGCAAGUACUUCUAUACACAUAACUGCCCCAACUGGGUCUGGGUGAAUAAUGCGCCUUGCGCAUCAUGCCUUGCUGAUGGGCGCGAUAACGAAGAACCUUCAUUACCAUCAUGGGGACUGUCUCGAGAUAUUGUUGUCCCACAAGUUCUCGACGGUAUUCUUCAAUAUACUCUAAUGGAGCUCGUAGCUCCCUCAGAACCUGGCGACGACUGGACUCUUCGGGAUAAGGCCAGUCGGCCACCACCAUCAAUUCCCGUAACAAGCGCUAUGCCAGGUAUACCGAGCAUCAUGGCACAUCAUCGAUUUUGAGAAGAGUAGUGUCCUCGAGGGGCACAGGAGCGUCACCCUCUGAGAGGGUUUCUUCAAUUGCGACAUGAGGACGGCAGAGCUGGAAACAAUUAUCGACGGGCAAAGACUGGACUGGACUAUUGAGUGCCGACGGCAACGGGGAGAUAGGAUGGCAUGCCUCUCUCUUGACCGCCGACCAUUUGCAACGCGCCAUUGGGCGUAUGCAGUGUACGAUUUUUGACUGACUGCGACGCUCGGCAUUGGAUGGAGCGGGAGAUUGGUGGCUGGAGCAAGACCGCAAGCAAACAAAACCCCCGCGAGAUACCCAUGCGCUGUUGAACCUUUCUGGAGACGGGGGACUCCAAUCUGCAAUUGUUUUUAUUUUUGGGCUUCUUUUUUUAUUCGGACAUCAUCAUGUAACAGGCGCGAAUGAGUUUCACUGGGUGGCAACAAUUGUUAUCUUUUUGGCCUUUCUGGAGCCGGGAAAUUGAUUUCUGACCUCUUCCUUCGCGGAAAAGACGAGGCAGUUUUUGAUCUCAUUUCGUUUCGAUUAAUCAUCUGCUAAAAACGCACACGACAUGUGAUGUGAUGCUCAGGGAGCAUUAGUUGUGGUCGACCUGCUGCUGAGCGGGUCAGUAAUGAGUUCUAGGCACACGAGAUCAUGUCAAGGAAUCAGAUCAAGGCGCGGAAGCCAGGGCUAGGUCGUGAGAUGUGGCGUGCCUCGGAAAGAGAGCUCGUCUGAUGAUCCUUGUCUGGCUGCAGGACUUAUCAGUCAGUCGUUGUUUGUUUCGGGAUGAGGUACCCCACCGAUAGAGAUUGUCCAACAAGGCGCGCGAGUCUAAGCUCUAAUAUCAAACCAACUUAAAUAGCGAUGACCAACACGGGAGCCGCAAUUGAUUGUGGGCCGAAGAGGGCCAAGAACGAUGUUGGUUGUUGAAGAAGAGGCUUGGAGCCGCAGCUGAACGAGGCGUUUCUGCUAGACCAGUGGUAGCACUUGACUUCGCGAAAAGCCAUGGAUAGCGUUUUUGCUCUUCAAACGGUAAACUUUUCUCAAAAGGGACCAAGUGCAACGGUUUCCACCAGUCUCCACGUGCCUGCAGUGAGGGUGGUGCCAAUAGCUGGUUGGGGGUCCAUCAAGGCUGAGCUACCAGUUGUACCUGCAAUUAGCAGAGGAUUGGUUGAGCUUCGGUGAUGAAGUAAUUUGACGCCGUUGCAAGACGGUUUGUUUUAGAACAGACUUCCGGCCUCGCUUACUCCCGCGGACUGCGGAUCGUCAGGAUCCCCGAACAACGGAGGUACGUAUUGCACGGACAGACAAACCGCGUAGCCACAGAGACGCGGUUAGAGGUGCAGAAUGCAGUGCUAAGCAUGCGGCUUGUUUCGAAUUGACCGCGGAUGAAUGUCCCUGCUUGUAGCAUUGUUUUCUCUUCAGUAGCGGCAGUAGUGGAGAAGUCUGAGUGAGAUUGAAGAGAUUGAGAUGGUGGCUUCCGGAUGCGAGUGGGGAAUACGAAUAAUGACCAGCGAACAGCCAUCUUCAUGUGCUCUUGCCUUUUCCAAUGGAAUGGAGCCAGAGCCCAGAAAAUGUGUGAAUCGAGAAAGAGCUCAGGCGGGGACUUACCUGUAGGUCUCCGUUCUUUCCGGCCUGAAUGAGCAGUCUGUGGUCCAGGAACAUGCUCAAUUGGCAAGAGACAGACACGGCAGCUACGGAUUAGUGCUUUCGACAUCCACAACACCAUUAUCAAAUAGGAUAUGAGCCGCUGUCAACUGGCUGAUCAGGGGAAAGCGGUCUCCACUAGUGCCCGUAAAACUUGGCCAGUCUCUAGUAUGUUUUUCAAGGUCUAGGGCCUUUAGAAGCUUCCAUCCAUUCAACCAUGAGUCUCUAGUUCAACUUUUGAGGGAUGCCGCUGUGUCAUGUGUAAACUCCUUUCUAGAAAUAGCUUACACACCUCACGCCUCGCUAAGAUUGACGACUAGGUAGCCUCAAUGUCUCAGCUGCGCGGGUAUCAAUUGAGAUCCUAUUGGACAAUUCCUCAGGUUGAAUCACAGCUCUAAGAGCCGAUGACCACUCUCAGCCUCUGACUUGGCCUCCUUGGAAGAUCCGUGAUAUGCCGGAACUUUAGAAAGAGACAAUAAAGAAAACAGCCAUCCCUGGUCUUGGCGUGAACCUUGUCUCCCCUCAUCCUCUUACAAUGCAACGCUCGGUAUGCGAAAGAUGCCUGCGAGAUCUCGCGAGGAUUCUACGCGCUAUGGAUACAGCACCUUCAGAACCCUGCAUCAGCCCAUUAUCCAUAGCUUAGUGCCAGUGCUAGAAGCGUCAUGGCACAAACAACAUCCCGUUCCAGAAGCGGAAUGGAACGAUUGAGAGAAUUACUGAAAAGACCUCAAUUACUCAUACAGACAUGACAACAACCAGGAACAAACCAACCAGUUCAUGAUUCAGUCAAGUGCAGCUACUAAUGUAUUUAGUAUUAAGUGGCUUGUCUUGGUGAUCUGGAGCAUGUGCUGUCUGGCCAUUUCAUCUCUCUUAGAGUCGGGGCUCGCCGCAUUAGUGCAGUACAUCUUCCUCGUCGAUACAUCUCAAGAGAGUUUGUGUCUAUUCCCAAUAAGCUUUGACAGUUGUAUGGAAUUCUUCAAUCCUGGAAGUUCCAAGUACCGUAGUGGAGUCAAAGUUCAUAUUCGUUGCUUGAGCCAUGAUACGACAGGAUACGAUGCACGGAGUGCCGGAUAAUACUCAAGACACAGGACGUUAUUUUCCGCAACGAGAUGCUCAUAUCCAAGAGCCUGGGAUGGUGUUCAUACGAUCUAUGCGGUAGAGGUGCCGUUGUCAUACGAUAUUUCAGCUGGACCCUGAAUUUUAUAGCUUCCUUCGGGUGGACAAGUUCCGAAGAAUUACUCAUGUGCCGUUGGACGGAAUAUAUUCCGGUUGACGUAAUUUGAUACGGAUUUACGAAAGAACACGCACGAUUUGUGGAAAAAAAAAAAAACGAAGUAAACGC